AGCGCCGGCGUUAGAUUGUAUGGGUGCGAAAGGUUGCUAGUGCACGCUUUCGCUAUCAGUGCAUUUUGUGUGGUGUCCGGUCUCACCAAGGCUGUGUUUGCACCACGUACGUACUGAAAAUUGCUCCCGCAGGUUCGCUAUGCGGCGCGUCUGGUUUCGAUCGCCGCAUCGGUUCCCAUUCAUUGAUACAACGUAAACGGCAGCAGGAUGAAAGACCAGGACAAGAACAGCAAACACGAGGGCGACCUUCGGAGGCACAAGUCCCGGCGGGGUACGGCCGUGCGACCUCGCUCGUGGAACGUGGCAUCGGCGGCGGCUUUGGUUCCCGGCUGCUGCUGCAGAGCGGCGGGUUCUCCGCACAAGGCGACCGCGGGCCCCGGAGCGCGCCUCGGACCGUGCCUGGUUUGAGCCCACCGGCGGAGCUCGCCCUCACCGCCGCCGGCAGCAUUCCAGAGAGGCAGGCCGCGGCACCUCGACACUGGCUGAGGAACAGGACAUUCAAGGCGUACCUAUAGACAUGGCCGUCUACAAGGAGGUUGUUGUUAUAGGCAAUGGGCCAUCGGGCAUCACUAUGUCAUACUUCCUGGCUGGUAAUUGGCCGUACUACGCACCUGGCGCCUGUCACCCAAACCCGUACCUACAUUCAAGGCUUGAAGAUAAUCGAAAUCUUUCCCUUGUUGAGCAGGACCUCUCGUUGUUGAGCUCGGGCCUUGAGGGACGCUCAUGCAACCCAGUGUCGUUACUUCUGGACACCUUGUGCCAUCCAGAUGCUGACCUUGGCUCUGAUGAGCCUUCUGCUCUGAGUUGGGUUCACAAUCCAUCCAGAGCACUGGACCACGUUGUCAUUGGCAGCGGUCUGCCAGGAGGCAGUUGGCAAAGGAUGGAUGGUGGGAUCCUUACCAUAAGCCUUGGCUCUUGGAUGGAGCUGCCAGACCUCACCUUCAAGGAGUGGGACUCAUCAAAGCCACAGUCGCCGCAAGGCUCCCCCAACUGCCAAAAUCGUGUGUCAGUGCAGCGAGUGGCCCAGUACUACCGGGACUAUGUAAACCUCAAGCAUCUGCAGCGUUACUUUCGGAACUUUGCCUCCGUGCAGUCUGUGCGGCCUUGCAACUCCGAGGAUGACCCAGAAGGGCGCCACCUAUGGGAAGUUAAAGGUGUAGACAAACAGACUGGGGCCUCUUUCUGCUAUGUCACACCACAUGUUGUGCUAGCAGCCGGCCAUUACGAUGCACCAAGGCGGCUUGGCAUUCCAGGAGAGGACCUGCCUUUUGUGUCCCAUGAUUUGGGACAGCUUGAAGUUCUGCUGCGUGACACCAAGAGUUCCAUCAAAAAAUUGGCUGUUGUAGGAAGUGGGCUGUCAGCUGCAGAUGCUGUGAUUGCGGCACGUUUCCACGGUGUAGAUGUUUGUCAUGUGUUUCGCAAAAGGGUGGAUGAUCCUGAUCUUGUGUUUAACCAGCUGCCACGAUCUAUGUAUCCAGAGUACCAUAAGGUACACCAGAUGAUGUCCUCGGCUGAGCAUUACCCGGGCUACAAAGCAUACGCCCAUUGCCAGGUGCACUGCAUCCAUAGUGAUGGCCGCAUGGAACUAGAUUCACACACAGAAAUUCGAGAUAUCUCCCAUGUGUUGGUGCUCAUUGGAUCCCACCCGAACCUUGACUUUCUGCCUUUGGAAGGCACACAGCUAGGCCUGGUAGCAGGGCUACCUGUAGACUGCAGGGCUAACCCAAUUCAAAUUCACCCCUACACUCAUGAAACUGAGGCUCUCAAAGGCAUCUAUGCUCUUGGGCCUCUUGUUGGGGACAACUUUGUACGAUUUCUCCAGGGCGGUGCUCUAGCUGCGACUGCACACAUUUGGAGGAGUGUGGGUGGCACCUAAGCCUCUCUGGCCUACAGAAGGUGUGGGAACAAGGCCUCCAAAGCUACAAAAAUACUGUUAGCUGAGCUGUAUAGCAAGAAUGUCUCGCGUGUCACUACAUGUUGUGUGUGACCAUGUUAAUGGGCCCAUUACCAUGGGGAAGCUCUGCCCUGACAGGCAUUGUUGCCCAUUCAUGGUACAAAAUGGUAUCUGACCAAUGUAGGAACUAGUCUGUAUUUUUUAUCUAUAUAGUAGGUUUACUGCUGUUUUUCAGCAGUGUUUGCUGUGAGGCCACUGGUGAAUUCAUUUUUCACUUUUGUGCUUACCAUUUCCGCUAAGUAGCCCAGUGCAUCUUUAGUUUUUUUUUUUUAUAGAAACAUAUUUGAAAUUUUAUGGAAUAGGUGUAUGUACCAUUUGUGAUCAUAGUAGUGCUGUGUUUUCAAUUCAGGUUUAUGCUUGCACUCUGAUGCAGAUCUGAUGAAAUCUGGAUUGCAAUGGUCAUGACAGUGAUACCGCCAUGAUAGACAAGAUUAUUCCAGUUCACUGUUUGUUGUUUGUUAUCAUUUCUGUGUUUAUUUAUUUUUUCAUCCGUAUUGUUUUUUAUAUACAGAGACAUGUUGCAAUUUGCUAAACUCUAAGAACAUCCUUUUUGGAAGGUGUUUACGAAUGUGCAUUCUUGGAUAUGUCACUGGUCUUGUAGUUCUUCAACAUAUAGCUGCACUGCGCAUUUUCAUUGUUCACUGCAAGAUCCUGUACAUUUGUCAUAGGUAAUAUUUGCGAAUUCUGCACCUACGUAUAUGUGUUGCAUGGGUGCAUACAAGAGGCAAUCUACUAACAGUGCCACUUAUAAACCAGUGCUCAUUUUUUAUUGUAGUUUCACAAGAAAUGCUGAAUGAAUAUAAGUAUGCCUGUAUGAUACGAGCGCUUGUGGAGCUUCCACUGGCAGGUUGGAACAGCUUCCUUUGUGUGUGUAUGUGCAUGCAUGUAUGUGUGCACAUGCAUGCAUAUUUGUGCAGUGAGUCAUGUUGAGAAUUAUACAGAAUUAUAUGAAGUCUAUCAUUCCCUAAGGGUGCUUUGCACUUGUAAAUUGAAUUCGUUCUCUGCAGAAAGAAAAGUAUUUGCCAUUUCCAUAGAAGCUACUUUGAAUAGCUUUAUUGAGGGUUGUAAUUGCUCUUAAGCUUAUGGUCUCUAGAUUUGUCUGACCUGCUCAAGAUAUAGGAGAUAGUUGCACUACAUUAUGACAAUUGUAAGAUCACUUGUAUAUUGCUGAAACACUUUCCUGGUCAAAUUGCUGUACCUUUAAGCUGAUAAGCAGUGUUAAAUAACUGCAUAGCUUUAAGGAAAACUGUGAUAUGAACUUAUAGCAUCAUUUUUACAGUGUUUGAGUCUGUUAGGAACUGUAUACCAUUUAGUUGUACUGCCUUUGACAUUUAAGUGGCAGCAGUGGAGGUGACAUGCUGUAGAGGCAGCACUAUGUAGAGGAAAAUAAUUUUUUUCAGGUCCCGAUUGUCCACAGCUGUGACGCAAACAAUGUAGUAGUGAAUGUAGGUUCAUGUAGAACUCCUUUACACCUGAAAUCUUUUUAUAAGUUUCUUUAUUUAAAGAACUGCCCUCAUGUUAUUUGGACAAAACUGUGCAGAUAAAGACGUGUAUUUGACCUAAAGGGCUUAAGCGAAUACAUUUGAACAUAGAUUUAACUUAGUUGUACUUGCAGCUGAGAAUGUUGCUAAAUUGUGAACUUCGUUAAAUCAGUGUUCCAAUGUUCUAGCAGUCCUGUAGUUCACGCUCUGAAUGAGCUCAGUUCAAUAGAAAUUCGGGCAAUGAAUUUCAGACAUGACGGAAAUGCUCACACUGUCAUUUUGUGUAGUCAUGAGUGCACUUCUUGAUAAUUAUAGCUCAGGCAUGUGCACUUGAGCUAUAAAAUUUAUAUAACCAAAGCAGUCACCGUCGUGCAAAAACUUGUCUGCCAAUUUUGUGGUGCAACACACAGAGAAUUUUUGCUCAUGAAAACAUACUGUACACAACAGCAUGAUUCAUGCAUUUGUUUAGCAUGUCUAACGCCGUAGUUACUGUGCUAAUCACCACACGUGAGAAAACGGCAUUGCGGCAGAAAUAAACUAUCGUAGGUAUGAAUUUAACUUAUUUUGUGUCUCAAAAAGUAGUCGCAACCAGUUAUCAUUUAUGCCACAUUGGAAAGUUUUCUUUCCUUAAUUUAUUUUAACAAAUACGCCCCCCCCCUCCCUCUAUUUCUUUGGAACACUGGUAACUUAGCCCAACCUAGCACACUUGGGCUUGGUGGUCUUAUCAAUAUACUGCAUAACUCGGUAGGGUUGCUGGCAAGCCCACAGAUCUCAAGAGGCAGUCUUUCUGCAUUUCCUUCUUUCUUUUAUCUGUUUUUUUUUAAGCGCAGAUAAAAUCAAAUCUGAAUACUCAUGCCAUUUUAUGGGAAUUGUGUGCGAAAAUUUGUCCUAUGUUGUGGGAGUGGAAUCACCAUUGCAUCAACUACAAAGGUUGAUGAGACGCAGCUGUCAUGAGCGUGCAGAACCUGCAGCUGUUCUCGUUUGCAUAUUCCUGAGUAACCUCGUCAUACCAAAUGGAGUACACUGAGCAUGGGUGCCGACAAUAUGCCAGAUUAGCAGAUGGCACACAGCAGCAGAUUUUAUUCUGCCAUUUUGUUGUCCUUGUCUUCUUACGCACAUUCAGAGGUGUCUGAUGUGCAUAACCAGAGUCUGAAUAUUUCUGAAAUCGAGAUUGCACCGCAAAUUUACUUUCACAAUUGAAGAAAAAGCGUAAUAUGCAGCGCAGCGCUCAAGGAAGUAUAAUUUAACAAACUACAUUUUUUUUUUGUUCAUGGCAACUUUUAUUAUGUCGGGCCUCUGUAGGUAGUAUACUAUGAGAAGUGUUUCAGUUUGCAUUUCUGCCUUUUCUCAAAAGCCCGCACUUCGUUUUUUGCCAUCUUGGAGUGCUAUGUGCAAAUGUCGGCAUAACCAAGUAACCACAGAUAUCCAUGGGGCAUCCAGCAAGAAUAUAAAUUUAUUCAUGGAACAGGACACACAUAUUAUGUACAACAAAUGUAUAUUAGUAGCUAGCCAUGCUAGAUUUAUGAUGGAUAUAUGACAUACAUUAAUAAAUGCCUGUUUAAGUAUUCAUUCUUGUAUAUGUAAUUGUAAGAUGCGUCAAUGAAACCUUCGUCAAGCGUCAAAAUUACAGACCGUGUAAUUUGCAUAUGAAACAUAACAUGUCAGUAGCAUAUUCUGUCUCCUACUUUGACACACACAUCUUACUGUCUACUCGGCCAUUGAGGUAGACGUCGCAAAAACAGUGUCACAAUACAACUAAAGAUAUCUAGUAAGGAUUGUAACCUAAAUAACAUGAAUGUUCUGAAAUAAGACACCUUUAUAGUCUGAUAUGCUCGAUCGCAUUAACUGUUUCAUUUCUUACGACUGACAAAACUCACUAUUAAACCACUCAUUUGUUUUGAGACAAUGGUGCUAGUGUGUAUUGACAUAAAAGUGUGUCAAGGUGCUCUCAAGUGGUUGACUGGAUGGAUGAAAUGCUUCAGCAAAAGUACAGCACUUGAGUACAAAAUGUCUGAUAUCUAUAUUUAUCCUGUGGAAUGCCAACUUAAGUCAAUGGCAAAAAAAGUAUGUGUUUGUUUUGUCAAAACGAAAUAUCCAGUUUGAACGUUCAGCAGAUGUUGAGCAGAAAUUCAAUGAUACCCCUCAGCAUAUUGGCGAAUGACCACUAUUUGUCCAGUGGGUAUCUGUGGUUACUUAUGUAGCUGUGGUUCAUGCAAUGUGGCUUCAUACUGUGUUUGUGGUGUAACACCUGACCCUUUUUUUGGGAAAGUGUUUGAUGGCUGCAUUAUAGUAACGUCAUCAUAAUAUGUAUAGGUGUAUAAUUUUCAUGUCGGUUGCAUAACGAAAAAGCCCUAAAGUACUACUUACACACACCUACAGGCAUUCAUUUCUAUGGGUAUUGCAUUGCCUACAGCAAAGCUGGUCACAGCAUUGCUUCCUCCGAUCACGAAAGUGUGAAAAUAUGUACUUAUGACUGUUGCAUGAGGCAUUAUAGGCUUGAAAUUACGUUCCUGUGCAGCACUGGCCAUGGUUAUCAUAAAAAGGCCAACAGUUGAAAAAUGAGUAAGUUCAUGAAAAUUGUGCUUGUUUGUGCUGUUAUGUGACUAUAAAAAUCAGUACUAGGCUGAUUGACAAGAGUAACCUAACAAAUUAUUUUGCAACCAUAAGGACAUUUGUUUUAUUCUACCCCAGCAUUAUUUAGAGGUGAAUCCAGUACAUGUGAUGUUUUUGUGCAUUAGUAUUAAAUUGUGCGAAAGAAAAAUAAAUUCAGACAUUUAGCAAGCUUGCCUGAUGCCUCAAAAGGCUCAAGUGAUAGUCCUUCUAACAGAAGUAGCUAAGGUGGCCUGUUAUACCGCUGUAACUGCUAGAUCAACCUGUAGUAGUGAAAAUCAAACCAGUUUUUGUUUUUACAGGGAGGAAGCUACUGCAGAAAGAGCAGCCUUCCCGUAAUGGGUGCAAAUUCCAGUAAAUCUACUUGCAUCUAAAGCACACAAUGUGGCAUGUUGGUUGUAUAGGUUGUUUCAAUAAUAAAACCCACAAUUGGAAGCUUUACCUAGGAGAGCAUACCUAAGGGUGCUGCCUAACCAGAAGCUGAAGCUGCUUCGCCUACUGAAGUUUAUGAAUUCUUUACAUUACAACAUUUUGUAGCACAGUUUUCUCUAUACAUAUGUUCUGCAUACAUUAGUGCCGAAUGAUGUGCAGUACUGCACGUGUGCUAGAAUGAAGAUCAUGUGCUUUCUUUUUCUGCUGAGCAGGGCAAAACAGUAGUGGCUAGGGUGUCACAAAUGUUACAUAAACAUUGUCUCAAAACACUUUUCAUAAAUACAUUCUAAUAAAAUGUUCUCAGUGUAUGCCGAUAGUGCAAAGUGAUUGAAGAGUGGAUGAUAAAUAUGAAAACUGCCAAGAUGUUGCAUGUUAAACCUUGCAUCCCUCAUGAAUAAACACUUCCAGAGACUGUAAUCAAUGCUCCGUAAAGAAA